UUUUCUGCUUCUCCCGCAAGGUCGGGCUCCGGGGAGCGAUGGAGGUAUGCGAGCUGCCUGUGGAGAUUAUCACUUAUAUCCUGAGCUUCCUGCCCAUCGCAGAUAGGAAAGAAGCCUCUCUAGUGAAUCAAACAUGGUAUUUCGCGGCCCAGGACACCUUACGCCAGGAAAGCAUAUUUUAUAACAUCCCGGCUACCUCUGCCUCACUCCGGACAAUCCAGAAUCUGUCCCAAAGGCACGUGUGCAACGUCAAGAUGACCAACUUGGACGGUUCCACCACUUCCCGGGACAUCAUCAAGUCUGUUGCCAGCUUCCUGGGGCCUCACCUGCGCAGCUUGUGCCUGCACGGGAGUAGCCUUACGGAGGCAAACUUCAGUGAGCUCCUCCUUGCUUGCCCCGGCCUCACAGCCUUGGAUCUGAGCGGCUGCAACAGCCUUUUCAUGUCCGGGACCCUGCUCUCCAAAGAGGAGACCUUCCUGCAAGCCCGAGAAACAUUGAUCAACUUGCAGGAGCUGAACCUGUCCGGUGUGCGAUACUUGUCUGACCUCACCUUCAACCGCUUGACCGGCUGCUGUCCAUCCCUGGCCAAGCUCUCCCUUGCCCGCUGCCACAUUACCUUCGAGGUGGACACUUACUACGGCUCUAGUAACUACAACUCCUCGGCUUUGCUGUCUUUCCGCAACCUCCUGCACUUCGUCCGGGAGCGAGCCAGCACCAUGAAGGCCUUGAACUUGAGUGGCACCAGUAUCUCGAGCCAGGCUAUGAAGUCCCUGGUGCAGGUAGAGAACCUUUGCCUGCAGGAGAUGGUGCUGCAGGCCUGCCGGGAUCUAACCAAUGAGGCUGUGAGCAUCCUGUGUCAGCACCAGCCCCACCUGACUGUGCUGGACCUGAGUGGCUGCUCUGAGCUGUCUGACCGGGCUGUCCUUGUCAUCACCUCCCGGCUCCUAUCCCUUCAGCACCUGUGUCUGGGAAAGCUGCCACGUGUCACCGAUGCCAGCUUCCAGGGCAUUUCACACCUGAAGCAGCUCCAAAGCCUGGAUGUUUCUGAAUGCAGCCUCAUGAGGUGCAGUGAGCUGGUGAGAGCAUUUGGGACUAUGAAGGGACAGUCCAAACUGGUCUCACUGAACGUUGCCUUCUGCUCUUUACUACGAGACAACUUGGUCCUUUCACUGGCUGAAGGCCUAAAGAGCCUUCGGGUUUUGGAUCUCUCUUCCUGCGUGUCCAUCACUAACAGAAGCAUCCAAGCAAUCACUUCAUACCUCUUGCACUUGAGAGUCCUGCGUUUGGCUUGGUGCAAGGAGCUGACAGAUUGGGGCCUGCUGGGGGUUGAGGAGCCCAGAGAGGAGCGUGAACGUGCCAGAGAGAAGGAUGCUGGCCCAAAGUUCACGAGGAACUUUGGCAACAUGGGAUUUUUCCAACCACCUCCACAGGAUUUGGAGCAGGACACCCAGAUUCUUAUUGACCUCAGCAAGCAGGAUGCUCAGCAGAAGCACAAAGCCUCCUUGAAUGCCCUGACUCGUCUUCAAGAACUUGACCUGACGGCCUGCACCGAACUCACAGAUGCAAGCAUAGCUAAGGUCAUCGGCUUUCCCGAGCUAAAGCGCCUGUCCCUCAGCCUUGUGACCAACAUCACAGACACCAGCCUCACAGCCAUCGCAAACUGCCGGAGCUUGGAGCACCUCACGCUAAGUCACUGCACAAACCUUACCGACAAAGGUUUCAUGGAAGCCGCUGGCUCCCUGCACCGACUUCAGCAUCUCAUCCUUUCUGGUUGCAACCAGCUGACUCCCAGGACAUUGAAGGCCAUUGGGCAGGAGUGCCAGCAACUGAAGAGCUUGGACGUCUCCAUGUGCAGCAAGAUCACCAUGACAGACGUCGAGCAUUUCCAGUCGCAACUCCCGCUGCAGAGUCAGACUAGCAUCCAGUCACGGUUUGUGGGUGGAGCAGACCUUUCCAUCACUCUCUGAUGGAAGCUUUGUAGGUUGAGUUUCCAGAGAUAAAUGGUGGUCAAGCUGGCUCUCCCUCCCCAUGCUGCCUCAAUGGCAAUAGGGGACUUGUCUUGGGAAACAGCUCCUGUUUGGUAGUCCCACUGCCCCAAUGCAGCCGCGCCACUGCCACUGAGUGGGUCCAUAAAUGGACCGAUUCUUCCUAUAGAGGGUGCAGCCUCACCCAAGCCUGCCUCAAUGGUGGAGCUGGCUGUUGCGCAAGCCUCCCAUCACCCCCAUCCUGCAAGCAGAAUGGGGAAGUGCACCUUGGGCUUUGGGAGGGAUUGCCUGGAGCACGGCAGAUCCCACGCUAGCAGGAACAGUAUCCAGCAGCCAUAAGGCAAGACGGUAAUGGCUGUUGAUGUAAUCUUUGGCACAGCCAGUGCCAAGCACUUACUUUGCACCCUGCUUUCAGCAGCUGAAACAUCCCUGUCAGUGAAAGGGA